GGCCACGACGGGGCCGGGGCCGGGGCCGGGGCCAGGCCUGGGGAUGGGCGGGGGGCAGGAGGAGGGUCCUGCUCAGGCCUAGUCGUCCUCUUCGAGGGGAGCAACGACAAGCCUCCCUUAGAGGCAGAGGCGGCGGGGGGAGGAGCAGCUCGUCUGGUUGGACGAAAGAAAGGCCGAAGGGGGACGGGGGUGAGGGCGAGGGGUUCAAAGCGAGUGCCUCGAGCAGAGCACAGCACAGCAGACAGCGCUUGCCGGCCCUCGGACGGGCCCAGGGAGCCCCUGGACACGGCCCGGAGUUGGGGUCGGGCGAGGGACCGGCCUUUUUUAGGCCGCGUCACAUGUGUCUGACGUGUCCUCGUGUCAACCGGUUAACGACCGCGUUCGCAGGCGCGAUUCAUACCGUGUGACGUGUUACAGUUGUCACCAAUGUAUUGAGCGGUCGCGGUGCUCGGUGACUAAAGGCAUAUCCACGAUACCAGGAGGUUUACGGUUUUACUGGCGCCAGAUUUUACAUCAGCGCAGAUGUUUAAUUAAGUCUGUGAAAUGGGGAGAGGUGGGAAAUCCAGUAUUGCCAUAGUACGUAAGGUUAAACAUUGGCAGCUGAACAUACAAACUAGUGGUCUGUGGUUUAAGUUUGCAGUAAAAAUAACGAUGUAGCCAAUUUUAGGAGUGACUGUAAGAAGGCUAGAAAGUGGAAGAGUGAAAGGAAAUGCCUCUUACUUUACAUGUUGGUCCAUAUUUUGCAUGUCAUCAGUUCCCCCCGCCUGCGUUUCUUUCACCAAGAACCAAAGAGAAGGAAAUAUAGUUGUAAUACUACAGAAAGUGUCAAGGAGAUUCAAGGACUGUUGUAGUACAUCGUUGCUCUUUUAACUGACUUGGGAAAAUGUAAUUAGAUUUUUAGGGGGAUACCCGUUUCAAACGUUACUCUUGCAAACAGCCUCACAUGUACCAUAAUGAACAAUAUGAUAUUGCUGAGUCAAAUAAAUGCGUAACAGGGAGGGUUGUAGGUUUAUAACAAGUGCUGUGGAGGGGGACGCUAAGCAGAGCACACCGGAGAGUGCCCGCUGGCCCUUGAAUGAGGCCAUGGAGCCAGUGGACGCUGCCCGGUGAAACUGCCUGGAGACGUGAUCCGGGUUUUUGAUUUCACAAUGAGGUCUCCAUCAUAAGAAAAACAUUGCUGGGUGGAGAGACACCUUUUCCUCCUGUUCAUGGUUGCUUAACAUCUCUGGCAGGAGCCUUUUGUGGCAGAUGAGUACAUAGAACGCCUGGCAUGGAGAACUCCUGGAGGAGGUUCCAGAGGUGGAGUAGAAGCUUUCGAUCCCAAAAGAUUAUUAGAAGAAUUUGUAAACCAUAUCCAAGAACUACAGGUUAUGGAUGAAAGGAUUCAAAGAAGGGUGGAGAAGCUAGAACAGCAAUGCCAGAAAGAAGCUAAGGAGUUUGCCAAGAAAGUACAAGAGCUGCAGAAAAGCAAUCAGGUUGCCUUCCAACAUUUCCAGGAACUAGAUGAGCACAUCAGCUAUGUAGCAACUAAGGUCUGUCACCUUGGCGACCAGCUGGAGGGGGUAAACACGCCACGGCAACGGGCAGUGGAGGCUCAGAAACUGAUGAAAUACUUUAAUGAGUUUCUGGAUGGAGAGCUGAAGUCUGAUGUUUUUACAAACUCUGAAAAGAUUAAAGAGGCAGCAGAUAUUAUUCAGAAGCUGCAUCUGAUUGCACAGGAGCUACCUUUUGACAGGUUUUCUGAAGUAAAAUCAAAAAUAGCAAGUAAGUACCAUGAUUUAGAGUGCCAGCUGAUUCAGGAGUUUACAAAUGCCCAAAGAAGGGGUGAAAUCUCAAGAAUGCGAGAAGUGGCAGCUGUCUUACUUCACUUUAAGGGCUAUUCGCACUGUGUUGAUGUGUACAUAAAACAAUGUCAAGAGGGUGCUUUCUUGAGGAAUGAUAUAUUUGAAGAUGCAGCCAUUCUCUGUCAGCGAGUGAACAAACAAGUUGGAGAGAUUUUUAGCAGUCCAGAGACUGUAUUGGCCAAACUUAUUCAAAAUAUCUUUGAAGUCAAACUCCAGAGUUAUGUAAAGGACCAGUUAGAAGAACACAAGAAAUCAGAUGCAGAGCAAUAUCUUAAGAAUCUCUAUGAGCUGUACACAAGAACUACUAAUCUUUCAAGCAAAUUGAUGGAGUUCAACUUGGGUACUGAUAAGCAGACUUUCUUGUCUAAGCUUAUCAAAUCCAUUUUCAUUUCCUACUUGGAAAAUUACAUUGAGGUAGAAAUUGGUUAUUUGAAAAGUAGGAGCGCUGUGAUUCUGCAACGCUAUUACGACUCUAAAAACCACCAGAAGAGGUCCAUUGGAACUGGCGGUAUUCAAGAUCUCAAGGAAAGAAUAAGACAACGCACAAAUUUGCCUUUGGGUCCAAGUAUUGAUACCCAUGGAGAAACCUUCCUCUCCCAAGAAGUGGUGGUUAACCUUUUACAAGAAACCAAGCAAGCCUUUGAAAGAUGUCACAGGCUCUCAGAUCCUUCUGAUUUACCGAAGAAUGCAUUCAGAAUUUUUUCUAUGCUUGUGGAAUUUUUGUGUAUUGAGCAUAUUGAUUAUGCCCUGGAAACAGGACUUGCUGGCAUUCCUUCUUCUGAUUCUAAGAGUGCAAACCUUUAUUUCCUUGAUGUUGUACAUCAAGCCAAUACUAUUUUCCACUUGUUUGACAAGCAGUUUAAUGAUCACCUAAUGCCAUUAAUAAGCUCUUCUCCCAAGUUAUCUGAAUGCCUUCAGAAGAAAAAGGAUAUAAUAGAACAAAUGGAGGUGAAACUGGACAUGGGCAUUGACAGGACACUGAAUUGUAUGAUUGGACAGAUGAAGCACAUCUUGGCUGCUGAACAAAAGAAGACUGAUUUUAAACCAGAAGAUGAAAAUAAUGUUUUGAUUCAGUACACUAAUGCCUGUGUUAAGGUUUGUGGCUAUGUCAGAAAGCAGGUAGAAAAGAUCAGAAAGUCUAUGGAUGGUAAGAACGUGGACACAGUUCUGAUGGAGCUAGGAGUUCGCUUUCAUCGACUUAUUUAUGAACAUCUACAGCAAUAUUCCUAUAGUUGCAUGGGAGGCAUGCUGGCGAUUUGUGAUGUGGCUGAAUACAGGAAGUGUGCCAAAGACUUCAAGAUCCCACUGGUAUUACAGCUAUUUGAUACCCUGCAUGCACUUUGCAACCUUCUGGUCGUAGCCCCAGAUAAUUUAAAGCAGGUCUGCUCAGGAGAGCAACUUGCUAAUCUGGAUAAGAACAUCCUUCACUCCUUUGUUCAGCUGCGUGCUGAUUAUAGAUCUGCUCGCCUUGCUCGCCACUUCAGCUGAGAGUAUGGAAGAACCGUAUACCUUUGCCCAGGCCUUGGUUAUUCGAAAGCACAGGGAAUGAUUUCUUAUCAAAUAGCAGUUGUAAGUUUUGCGGGACAGUGACUGUUCAGAGUAAUGCAGCAGCCAUAUUUAAACUUGACUUUUUAUUUGAAGAAUGUCAGCAAAUGUAAGCUAAUGAUUAGUUCAGGUUCCUUGCAAGCUAAAGUUUCCCCAGAGAUAAAUUUCUGCAAAACUACUUGGUAGUAAUUUUGCAUUGGAAAAAUGUUGGUGUAGGGGGGCAAGUGGUGUAUUGAAAGUAUUUUAGUCUUCAAUCCUGAAUUAACAGAUACCAUUUAUUAGAUGUUAACUGCAGAGCAUAGCAUAGGUAAUGGAUUACAUAGAACAGAACUAUGUAAAAACCAUCAUCAAUUUUAAUGACUUGGACUUCAGCACAGCUAAUCAUAAUCAAAUUAUCUUUGAUUGGUGUUUCUAAGUCAUUUCAUUCUUUCAAAAUGUUAUCCGACUCAAUGUAAUUUCUUGCUUUAAUUAGCUUGGAAUUUCUUUGAGAUAGAGGAGUAACAGUAUCCCAAGAAAGAUGUAAUUUAUUCAUUGUAUAGAACUUUAAGUGAAACUGAAACGGUAAAGGUUUUUGCACCUAACUGUAAGAAGCCUGCUGGAAUGUAUUAGUUUUGUAUGAACUCCUGGCACACUUGUUUUACUGUUUGAUACUGGCACAUUUAACUCGAUAUGUUCCUGACUGAAUACCACCCUGUUGAUUGUAGACUUAAUUACUGCAGAGGUGAAGGUGCCCGUUGUCAACCAAAAAAGAACCUUGUAUGUUGUUUUGUAUAUUAGCAAGAUUGUAACAGAAGUCAGAGGAGGAAAUAUUCAUUGGUUCAUUCUAGCCAAAAUCCAGAACUGAAAUGUUCCGCUCCAAACAGAAUUCAUCUUCAGUUGCUGAGUGAUGUGGUAUCGCUGAAGGUGCAGAAACUGCACCCCUCCAGCUUAAGACUGGGGACUGCUACUUCUGUGUGCUCUCUUUAGACCAUAGAAAUCUACUCAAGGUGCCUCUGAAAUGAUGGAUCCAUGGUGGGUGCAGUAUUUGAAAUGAAGCAGUGGGGAUGAUGAAGCCCUUGGGGUGAUUUUUCCCAGUGGUUGACAGUUCUGUAGUAAGCAAAGGUAUUUUCUAGAGUGAAGCCCUGUGGAAACCAGGUAGGAACUGCGCUGUUUCAGAGUCCUCGCCAGCUGCACUCAUCUCAUCCCUCGGCAAAUCAUCUGCAGCACUAUGUCUUAACUAUGCUGAAUCCACAAAGAAUUAUUUAGACUUUCUCCUGUCCUUCAGAGCAGGUUUUCUGAAAAUCUGUCUUCUCACAAGUAUAAGAAUCUUUUGAAAUUUUUACAACUUCCCAUCUCUAGUUAAAAUUGACAAACCUUGUUUUUUUGCUUCGGUUUAUAUUUAGCAGAGUAGUCUUGGUAAGCAAGAGAAAUAUUCUGCCAGGUUUUCUCAAAGGAUUCUGGGAAACUUUGGCAGCUUUGUUUGGCUGCGGAGCUCUCUUUCUUGGCCGUGGCAGCACCACAAAGAGUUGCGGACACCGGAGGAGGCACUUGCUUGUACUGUUGCCAUUUUUUUGAAAGCUCUGAUGUGAAUUCCAAUUAUACCUCUGUUACCUCUGUAACUUAAAGCCAACAAUUUUCAAGGCUGUGGUUUUACUAACCAAUAUGAAAUCUUUGUACAAAAAGUGUCAAUUUGUAAACACUUCUAGAACAGUAAACAUCAUUUUAAGACUGCAUAUCACAGAAGUGCUUCAAAAUGUCUUGUAAGUUUGUUGUGAGUUAUUUUAAAGAUGUAUAAAAUGUACUCACCAUGUUCUUGCAUUGUUAGCUGUAUUUUCCAUGCAUAAAUUCAGUGCAAUAUUCUCCAUUUUUAGCCUAUUUAAAGUAAUGAGGCAGCAAGCAAUAGGCAAAUACUUUAAAACUUAGACAUGUAAACACUUCCUCAAUAAAAAAAAAAAUUCUCUCCAGAUGCCUUUUUUUUCCAUUUCAUUCCAUUUCCACUUUGUUUAAAAAAAAUCUUUAUACUCAAUUGUAUAGACCCCUUCUAUUGAAAAAUCAAUAAAAGUAAUUUUACUGAUUAAAUCCAUCAGUAGUGUGGGCCUUCCCUUCCCACCCCUUGGGGAAAAAAAAAACCCAUACAAAACAAACCAUUUAUAUAAGAGACUAGUUAUCAGGAAGUUUACUUUGAAAUAAAAUUUGAGUUGGGGUGGGGAAGCUAUAAUCUUUAUACAUUUUUCCGUUUAUAGCUAUUAUAGCAUGUAAUUUAGGAAAAUAUUUCCAGUAGCUUUUGAAUACAAUAGAAGUACUAUCCAAAAUUCAAAUAUGCCCUUUUAUGCUCAUGUAAUGAGUUAAAGUGCUACCUUUCUAAUGCUCUCUCUUAGAACAUUGGCAUUUAACAGGCCAGCUGCCAAUUGAAUGCUUGAGAGGAGGUGUGUGUAUGUGUGUGUAAUUAUGCUGUCUCCAAUGGGUAAAAAUGGUUUUGCACUAAAUUAUCAUAGGUUGGAAAUAAGCUGCGUGUGUGUUUUUUGUUUUGUUUUGUUUUACAAGUCCUAUAAUUUAUUAACAUGACUUGGUAUUGUAUUCUGUUUGCAUUUUCAUGGAGGGUAAAAAAAUGAGCAGCCACUCUCUAACCACGUGACUCAACCAAUAGAAAAUAUAGGAACAUUGAGAAAUAGAGGAGGCGGAGAAAGGGAAGACCUAGGUAUUUGGAAACAGAGGGUUUUAAAAAGACUGUGAAGAUGACAUGGACUAAAAGGAUCUACAGGAUAAGCUAUUGUAACUGAGGAAGCCCAGUAUGUGGAUGGGGAAAUCUAACGACCUUAAAAUAUGAUUAAUAGGAGCUUGGCACAUAUAUCAGCAUUAGAGGAGAAUAAACAGGAUUGUGAGCAGCGUUCUGUCUGAUCCUAUCCUUGUUUUAAAUGAGCCUCUAGAGAUGGGGAAAAUGGUUAAAGUGACUCACUUUGGAACUACUGAUUGACCUUGAAAUCUUUUAAAUUCAGUUGUAAAGGGCUUUCCCUAUUCAAGCAUAAAUCUGCUCUGAAGGACAGAGCUAUGCUGUAAAUGUUGGGUCCACCUCUUUCCCUGCCAGGGCUACAGCCCUCUAGGUAAAUGGUAAGUGGUGGUUUGACUUGAGUUCUGCAGCAUGUCAAAUUAGUGCCUGCUUAAGAACCAAGGUACACCGUUGGUUUUUGUCGUUACCCUUAUGAAGCAUCACUAGGCUGCUUAAGUGUUGUAGGUAACCGAAAAGUGUAAUUAGAGUUGGCUGUGGGGCAAUCCUCCAUCUUUUGAAUGGAAGCAGGGUCUCAAAGAUGGCCAGUGUGCUCAUUCUCCACUCUGUGCUAGGGAAGGAGCUUAAAUUUCCUAUGACUUGUUGUAUAUUGUCAAAAGUAUUUCUCCUCCAUUUGUGUGGGAAAUGCAAGGAGAAAUGUUCCUUCCUUUCUUUGGAAGUGUGCGCCAAAGCCCUCUGCUUGCUGCACAGCAGCCUGGGAUCUUCCCUUCACCACCCCCUACUGCCUGUGGUCAUCCUUUGCAGCCUCUGCUCUCCAUGGUGCAUCGUGGAGGUGAGCAGAGUGGAAGAGCCAGUGCUUUUUGUCCCCAGUUUUUAGCUUUUUUCAGGGACUAGAGAGCCAAAUUUCUUGCUUUUGAGGUGGUUGUUGCUAUGUCUUAUCAUCAUUAUUAUUAUUAUUCAUAUAUUGGGGAUAGAAGGGCCAUGUUUGCCUCUUCCAUCUCCCACUCAUAGCAGGUAAGAGAGCACCAGUACUAUCCCCCUAUCUUCCCAUGCUAAUCCAGCUCCCUUGGACUUGGAAGACAACUCUUUACCCACCUCUAGCCCCACUACCCACAUGAGAAUCCUUGUUGCUACUCUACAUCUGCCGAAGAGCUUCAGCAGAACUGUCUGUCCCUGCUGUGACACCCAAAAGGAGCCCUGUACCUGAACAGCAGGGCUUCCAAGAGGCCUCAGAAGACUUUAGUAUUUCAGUGGAUUCAUAAGAAAUAAAGUGUUUCUCUUUAUUUAACAUUAA